GGCUUGAUAAAGACGUGUUGAACCCUCGACGCACAUGGGUCAUACAGGAGCGAAGGGUGGGGGAUAAACAGACAAAAUAAGCAGACAAAAUGUCCCACAAAAAGUCCUCACUGAUGCCAGGAGAUGUGGAGAACCUGCGGAGAAGAUCCACGCCUGAUUCAGCAGAGAUCUCUGCAGAUCCUGAACAGCAUCCCCGGUUUCCACGGCGACAGUCUCAAAAUGAUUGGCUCUGCGUUGGCCCCCAGCAUCCAGAGCUAGGCGCAGCGGAGACGCCCUCCCCAGAUGCUUCUGCCCGCCACUUCUGCCACUACACACCGAAAUGUUUCCUCACCGUCCACAGAGGAGGACAAGGAACCACCCGAUCUACUCCGUCCCGCUGCGGAGACGAGGGUUGGCAUGAAGGCACCACUAAGACCACAAUCAGAGCUGAGAAUGAGGUGGAGGCACACAGGGAGGCCAACAACUACAAGUUUGGCUUCAGGAAGUGGAAGGGCAAUGUUACAGAGAAGCCCAUUGAGGACAGAUCAGACAUCAUCAAAGAGCUACACUCUGAUCUUAGCAUUGUCAAGCCUCAAGAAGGCUCAGCACCCACCUUUGGGAACAUAGUUUAUGUGUUUUUAUUUGGAUGGUGGAUAUCUUUAAUGUAUUUCCUCAUUUGUCCUGUAAUGUUUCUAACAAUCGUCGGUGCCCCUUAUGGAAAACUUUGUUUAAAGAUGGGGUGGUACUUUAUUUGGCCAUUUGGGAAGUCAAUAGAAAAGGCUGGUGAUGUAGUUAAGAGAUCCAUUGCAAAGCCUCCGAAGUGCGAGGUCAUUCCUGAAGAGAGCGACGCUGAAGACAGCAAGAACCAUGUCAGGGACAAGGACUCUGCGCCUCUUCUGAUGUCUUCCCCAAUUCCUGUUGAGAUACCUGUCCCAGAGCCACCAGCUAGAAAAUCUUCAACUCACUGGUGUCGCAUCAGCACAUAUGUUUGGUUAGUGCUGGGUUACCCUGUCCUGGCUGUGGUCCACUCCCUGGCCUGUGUGCUGUCCUGGCUGCUGGUCUUCUCUAUACCUGUAGCCAAGAUGAACGCUCGCACACUAACCAUUGUUCUUCUCAUGGCACCAGAAGACAUUCAUAUUCACCGACUGGAAAAGACAUCUGUGUGUGAGACCAGAGUCAUCUUAUGCUGUUAUCAAGCUUUCAAUGUGUAUUUCUACAAAUACACUGUCCAGGGAAUCAGCAUUUUCGCUCUCAACCUGCUUCCCCUGGUAUUAAUCGCUCUCAUUAUCGGCUAUACUGACCAGGAACACAGUUUCUGCAGCGCAGAGACCAAGUUUGCCACAGCCAUCGCUUCCAUUAUUCCUCUGUCUUACUACAUUGGCAUGGGUAUAGCCAGUCUUUCUGCACAGAGUAACUUUGCAGUGGGAGCUGUGGUAAACGCAACGUUUGGCUCCAUCACAGAGAUGACGUUCUACAUCACAGCCCUGCUGCGGGGACACAGUGCUGCCAGCAAAUGUUAUGAAGAGGUUGUCAAAGCAGCGCUCACUGGGACCUUGCUCGGAUGUAUCCUGUUCAUACCGGGUAUCUGUAUGAUCAUCGGGGGCAUUAGACACAGGGAGCAGAGAUUUAACAGCCGUUCAGCCGGAGUGAGCUCGGCUUUGCUUUUCAUAUCCGUAGGAGGUGUGUUCGCUCCGACCCUCUUCUCAAAGACCUUUGGUAAUCUGGUGUGUGAAAGCUGCACCAAUAUUCCAGGCAAUGGCAGCGUUCCCUUCAUCUGCAAGGACUGUCACUACGACACGAGUCAAGCUGACCCACAGUUGAUCCUGUCCCAGAUUGAGCCCCUGGUGUACACAAUUUCUGUGCUGCUGCCUGCUGCAUACCUGAUCGGCCUCAUCUUCACACUGAAAACCCACUCCCACAUCUAUGACAUCCAUAUCAGUGAUGGUCAAGGGGGGCAUGCACAUGGUCAGUACGCACAAGAGGGUACCAGCAGCUAUCACCCCACUGGUGAGGUCACCACUGGCCAUCCCCUUGGAGCAAACACGUGUAUCAAUACCAGCAUUUUUUCCACCAGCCAUGUUGGAACAGGUCAUCAUGUAGUGCACUGGUCCAGGUGGAGGGCUCUUGCAGUGCUGAUUGUGGCCACAGUGUUGAUGGCCUGCUGCGCUGACCUCAGCACGGAGAACAUCGAGCCCAUGCUGACCCAUUCCUCCGUCUCCCAGUACUUCAUCGGUGUCACAGUGAUGGCCAUGGUGCCAGAGCUUCCUGAGAUUGUCAACGGGAUCCAGUUUGCAGUGCAGAACAACAUCAGCCUGAGCCUUGAAGUGGGCAGCUGCAUCGCAGUGCAGGUCUGCAUGAUUCAGAUUCCCCUGCUCAUACUCUUCAAUGCCUUCUAUGAUGUUGGAUUUGUGCUUGUGUUCAGUGAUAUUCAUCUCUGGGCCAGCAUCUUCAGUGUCAUUCUGGUCAACUACAUUUUCAUGGAUGGAAAAUGUGACUACUUUCAAGGCACUGCUCUAGUGGUGGUCUACCUCAUCCUUUUGGCCCUUUACUUCUUCGCUCCUUCUCCGCGCUCUUGUCGAUCACCUUCCUAAGAAAAAUCCAAAGGCCACUAUAAUUUAA